AUGGAUCCGGCGCAGCUUUACCUUGUCGCGAUCGAUAGAGAUCCUGAUGAAGCUGCUCAGAUAGCAAGGGCUACGGCCAAGAGGUUGGAGAAUAAGGAACUCAUUCUCUUGAGCCUCACCAAAUCGCUGGGCGAAUAUCUUACGAAUGAUGACCGAACAAUCCGUGCGAAAGCAAUCGGCUUCUAUGCCACUGUCUUGACGGCUCUCCCACCCACGUUACUUUCUCCGGCGCAAGGUACUUCCGAAAUCCUACAUCCAUUGGAGGAUGAAGCAGGUCUUAAGGAAGUCUGUCAUGGGCUUCUUGCUAUCGCCGGGAUGUCUAGAUUCCAACCCGAGGAUGCGCAGAUGAUGGCAAGAUCCAUAUUCAAGAGCUGUGAUCUCCUAAAGCAUCCACAGGGAAGUCGGUAUUUAGUUUACCAAGUCAUGGAUAAAAUCAUGUCGGAACAAAGAGAAGCUCUCAAACGGAUGGGACCAGACUUUGCGACCGGAUAUGUUGAACUCAUCACCAACGAGAAGGACCCGAGGAAUCUCAUGAUUAUCUUUUCGAAUCUGAAAGUAAUAAUUGUGGAAUUUGAUAUUGAGGACUGUGAAGAGCAAGUAUUUGACGCUUGCUUUUGCUAUUUCCCAAUUACAUUUAAGCAACCUCCAAAUGAUCCGUAUGGUAUUACCGCCCAAGAUCUUAAGGACAGGCUUCGGGAAUGUCUCCAAGCUUCUAGCAAAUUCUCGGUUUUCCUCUUUCCGCAACUUCUGGAAAAGCUGGAUUCACACUCAGCGAACACAAAGAAAGACGUUUUACAAACUAUUACGGCUUGUGCUCUAGCCUACGAAAAAUCUAUCAUAGCGAAUUAUUGGGCUACCCUCUGGGAUGCUAUCAAAUAUGAGGUCCUCAAUGCAUCUGAUGACGAUCUUGCGUUUGAAGCUUUGGACGCCAUUAGAGCUAUUGCUAAGACUCUUUCCGCAAAACUAACAAGUGUUAUGAAGACAUCCAGCCUGGAUAAGUAUCUAAAGGCUGUGACAAAAGAAUGUCUGACACAACUUCGGAAUCCUAUGGCUAAGCAGGCUAGGCCAUCGGCUUCAAUCCUCGCUGCUGUUGCUGUGGCUUCUCCGGUUUCUCAUGCAACCACUAUUCAAGCCGUACUACCGGGAUUAUCAACAACAUACGAUGGGUUAGAAGAGAUCGCAAAGCAAAGGAGUAUGCUCCAGGCCAUCCUUCCUUUAUUUGAUGCUACUGCUCAGGUUUAUGGCGUGUGGGGAGACAUCGAAUACCCUCCAUCACUUAAUAACUCUCUGGAGGCGUUCAAGGAUAACCUAUUCGAAAUCUACAGCCGGGCAUUGAUGGGCUCUGCGAAGGAUGAGGUUUCCUUCAGGCUAGCUGGCCUGGAUGGAUUAACAAAGAUGUCAAGGAUCAAAAACUUCUUCGCGGACAAUGAAAUAGGAAUGGUUGUACAGUUUUUCGACGAAGUUGUCUUGACGGAUGAGAAAGAUGAGAUGCGUGAUUCUGCUUUGGAGUCUCUUUUAGUACUUAGCCGGUUGAAACCGUCUUUGAUCAUGGAAAUUACAUUCCCUGCGUUUAUGGCUAAAUUGCCGGAUCGAGAGGAACACGAGAAGUCUUACGAUAUGACUUUAUCAGCUCUCGCUCAGCUUUCAGUGGAACGACCUGUUUUCCAGGUGCUGCUUACGAGAAUAUUUAACAAGCUCAAUAUAGUUUUGAACAACAAGUCUGGCCCUGGCUACCCAUUUGCUCUCUUAUCAAGUAUCUUGUACGUCUUGAGACGAAAACACGAGACGGGCAAAGAUAUAUCGACACACUACACCAGAAUUGUUCCUGAACUCAUCACUAGGACCAUAACACCUUUAUGCGAUGGUUCAGGUGGAAAUGCUUUAAGCCAUGAGGCUGUAUUGGAGGUGACAGGCAAUAUUGUCAGUCUGAUAAUACGUUCUAUGGACGUUGAGAAACAAACAGAGGUUGUCGGGGAACUUUUUAAGAUAUUUGUUACCCAGACAGAGUCAGCCAUCAUAACUUCCGAUAAAGAGCUGGUAAACAAGCAGUUCAGACCGUUGGAUGAAAGCGCGAGUCUUCAGCAAGCUUCGACUAUCAUAAUUUUUGCCUCCGCAGUGGCAGCCAUCCGCCGUGAAGUCACCCUUCCACUUGAAAAUCUUCAGCAGUUCGUAGAAAAGCUUGUUCUUCUUUCAAAAACCCCAAAGAGCCCGAGCCACAGACGCGCCCUACUCCGUCUCAUCGCAGUUAUAAUCAACAAAUACUUCACUACUCCCGAGGACCGUGCUUUCCUCACACAGUCCACCGGCGAAAUGUGGAAAUCGGUUCAAUUAGCAGAUAGUCCGGAGACAGCAUCCAGCCUACCGGCCUUAUUCUGGAUUGCAAAAGCGUUGGCAUUGAGGAAUGACAAGCUUGCGGACCCGAUUGUUGGAAGGUUGUUAGAAAUCCUGGACAAUCAAGCCCUUGGAGUAACAGUUGGCCGAGGGUUUGAAGUUCUCCUUGGUGACGACCCACUAUUGUCCAAGGAAAAUUUUGCAGUAGUGAGACUACUCAGCCAACAAAAACUAUUUGUUUUCUGUGUCCCGAAGUUAGUGGAAGGGUUCAGAGCUGCUUCACCGGCUGCCAAGAAGAACUAUCUUCAUGCACUCUCAAGUAUCAUCCGCAAUGUACCAUCCAAAUUGGUUCUCGCUGAGAUCGACACCCUACUACCUUUGCUUCUGCAAUCCCUCGACAUCGAAGAUUCAGAUAUCAAGACCGCAAGUAUAGACACACUUUCUGUUACCGUAACCGAAGCAACAAGCCUCGUUUCGGAACACAUAUCUUCACUAAUCACAAGAUUACUUGCGGCAAGCUUGCCCAAUGAAGUCAACACUGUGCAAGUCCGAACUGCAGCCCUCAGGUGCCUCAGUAUCUUCCCAAGUGCCCUGAAAAUCGACGUGGUCAUCCCAUAUAAGCGACAAAUAAUGAGAGCCCUCCUAAAACCAUUGGAUGAUCCAAAACGAAGCGUCAGAAAGGAGGCUGUAGACUGUCGGGCCAGGUGGUUUGCGCUCGGGGAACCUAAAGAAGACGAUUAG